GUAGGGGGCGUUGUUGGCUGAUCCAACAACCAAGAUGGCGAAGCGCAGGACAAGCGGCGCGUCUCCCGGUGAAAACCCAAACAAACGGAUCAGAUCUUCCUCCACGGAUGGCGAGCAGGAGGGAAGUAAUGCUGGGAGUGAUGGGGACGAUUCUGGUCCAAGUAAACGGUUCCAGUGUUCAGGUGAUGUGGUUAGUGAUGCAGGAAUUGUGGAGAGCAUCACGCUGAAGAACUUCAUGUGCCACUCGCUCCUUGGACCUUUUGCCUUCGGUUCCAAUGUCAACUUUGUUGUUGGCAACAAUGGAAGUGGAAAGAGCGCCAUUCUGACAGCUCUCAUCGUGGCGUUGGGAGGAAACGCGCAAGCCACAAACAGAGGAUCGUCACUCAAGGGGUUUGUGAAAGAAGGAGAAAGUUCUGCCGAUGUAUCGAUCACUCUGCGAAACAAAGGAAGAGACGCUUACAAACCUGAGGCAUACGGUCCAUCCAUCAUUGUAGAUCUGAGGAUAACACGAGAGGGGCUGAGAACCUACAAACUGAGAAGUACAUCAGGUCAGGUUAUGUCAACCAAAAAGGAAGAGCUCGUUUCCAUCCUAGACAAUUUUAAUAUUCAGGUGAACAAUCCUGUAUCAGUCCUCACACAGGAGAUGAGCAAAUACUUCCUGCACUCUAAAGGAGAGGGAGACAAGUAUAAGUUUUUUAUGAAGGCCACCCAACUGGAGCAGAUGAAAGAAGACUUUUUUCACAUCAAAACCACUAAGAGAAUCACAGAGGAUAAAGUUGAGCAAAACAGCGAAUACUUGAAAGACUUGAAACGAAAUUUCCUGGAGAAAGAGGACCGUUACAAAAACUUGGCAUCAAUUGGCGAAAUGCACACAAAACUGGAGGAAUUGCAGAAACAAAUGGCAUGGACAUUGGUGUCUGAAAAGGAAAGAGAGGUGGAGCCAAUGAAGGAGAAGCUGCAGUCAGACAAGCGUUCAACACAGAAAUAUGAUGAAAAGGUGGAAGAAUGGAAGAAUAAGGCUGAGGAAGCGGAAAAGAAGUACAAACAUAUUCAGGAACAACUAGAGGAAAUUACUCGGAAAGUUCAGGAACUUCAACCUAAAUCUGCUGAACUGAAGACGGAGGCCCAGAAACGCAACAACCUUUUGAAAUCCUGCGAGCUCACUGUCCAUAGGUGCAGAACAAACCUUCGGGACCUGGAAAAGGACAAAGUUCAGCUGUCCUCACGUAUUAAUGAUCUCAAGCUGAGCAUCAGUCAGACAACAGGUGCAGAGAGCCAGGUGAGGGCUGAGCGUGUGGAGCAGGUUCAAACUGAGCUGGAAAGCCUGAAGCAUCAGACGUCCACUCUAGGCCAACAGAUUGACCAGUAUGAACACGCCUGCAGCCGUGCCAAAGAAGAGCAAGCAAAGAUGGAGAGAGAGUAUAAAAUGUUCCAGAAAUCCAUUGAGAUCAACGAAAGGAAACUGCAGACGAUGAAGAGCAGCCGCUCUAACCGUCUUCGGCGUUUUGGAGAGCACAUGCCUGCGCUGCUCAGUGCCAUCCAGGAAGCUCACAAAAGGGGUCAGUUCAAGCACAGACCUCGAGGACCUCUGGGUUACCUUAUUAGUUUGAAGGACCCUGAGCUGGCCUUGGCUGUGGAAGUAUGUCUUAAAAGCCUCAUAAAAGCUUUCACAUGCGACAACUACGAUGAUGAGAAGGUGCUGAAGGGCCUCAUGGCCAACGUUUUUCCUGCUGGUCGCAGGCCGACCAUCAUUACCAGCAGCUUCCUCCCACACGUCCAUGAUACACGAAGGAGGGCUGUGAAUCAUCCUGAAUAUCCCUCCGUGCUUCAAGCUCUUGAGAUUGAGGACCCAGUUGUGGCGAACUGUCUCAUCGAUCAAAGGGGCAUUGAAAGCAUUUUGCUCAUUAAGAAUCGCACGGAGGCUCGGAGAGUUAUGCAGGGCUCAAAUCCUCCCGCUAACUGCACCCAAGCCUUCUCUAAAGACGGGGAUCAGAACUUCAAUAACCGUACUUACUCCUCUGAUCAGAACAGAGCCAUCUGUCUUUCAGGAGAUGUUGAGGAAGAGAUCAGACACUUAGAGAGGGAGCUGGAGAACCAGAAGGCUCAGAAGUCUCGUUUCCAGCAACAAAUGGGAAAACUGGACGAAGACGUCAAACAGAAUCAAGGGUUGCAGAGAAGAGCACAAGCGGAGCAAAAAAACAUUAAAGAUAAAGCCACACGGUGUGGGCUCGAGCUGACGGACCUAAAGAAUGUGGAGGAGCCUCAGUCAGAGGACCUCAGUCCUCUGGAAGAAGAUCUUCAAGAGAUUGCUGCAAAGAUUUCAUCUAAGCGCACAGAAUUCGAGGAAGCUAAAACCCAGUUGGCCGAACUCAAGGCCGACUACGAAAAGGCAGAGCAGGAAUACAAGCUGCAUAAAGACACCAUUAGCACCAUCGCUGAGGAGGCUGAUUCUGUCAAGGAUGAACUGAGUAAAAUUGACCAGGAGGUAAUGAAGAGCAAACACCACAAAAAACACUAUGAUGAGAAACGCAGCGCUCAUCUCUGCUACAUCAAGACUCUUGAAGAGCAGCUUAAGAGCAAGGAGGACGACCUAAAGGUGUCUGUGGCUAAAGCUGCUGAGAUUUGUCCAGAACGCACUGAAGUCCGUCGAACAGCCAAGAGUUUGGACAGCGAGAUGAGCCGCCUCAAAGUGAAGAUCGCCACCCAGCAGGAGCAACAGGGGGACCGAGAGGAGGUUGUGAGACAAUACCGUGAGGCUUUAGAGAGCUACAAGAACAUGUCGCAGCAAAUGAAGUACUUUCAUAGUUUCAUCAAAAGUCUGGACAACGUCAUGACCCACAGACUUCAAGCUUACGCUGACCUCCGGAAGUUCCUGUCAGCUCGCUGUAAAUAUUACUUUGACAGCAUGCUGGCUCAGAGAGGCUACAGUGGAAGAAUGACGUUUGACCACAAGAAUGAGACGUUGAGCAUUUCUGUGCAACCAGGUCAAGGAAACAAAGCUGACCUGAGCGACAUGCGCUCCCUGUCCGGAGGCGAACGCUCCUUCUCCACUGUUUGUUUUGUUCUCUCUCUUUGGGCCAUCACAGAAGCACCUUUUCGCUGUCUGGACGAGUUUGAUGUUUACAUGGAUAUGGUGAAUAGGAGGAUUUCAAUGGACAUGAUGCUGAAGGUGGCUGCUGGUCAGCGCUACAGACAAUUUAUUUUCCUCACUCCCCAAAACAUGAGUUCUCUUCCUGUGAGCAACAUCCUCCGCAUCCUCCGACUCAAAGAUCCUGACCGUGGGCAAAACAAGUCAUAAAGUCAGAACAUGGAUCAGUAAUCACACGGAGGAAAUGUAGCUGCAGUAAAAGAUUUGUUUAUCA